GCACUUCUAUUCCUAACAAGGUAUCAAAUUUACUACAAUUAGGUGGAAAUUUUAGCCUUCCUAACGUUUUCAACAAAAAGAACUCUAUUCAUGAGUUUAUAAAAGACUUAGAAAGUGAUACUAGAAGACAGCUAUUAAACAACAGAAUCACGUUGAGAAAUACGAUUCUACCUCAAUUUCACAACCUUAUAAACAAUAAUCAACUGCAAAAAACCGAAAAAAAUUUUAAAAAUAUGCUAGACUCCACGAUAGAAUUUCAAAGAGAAAACCCGGAUAUCCUUUUCACCAGAGCAGACAAGGGAAAUAUCACUGUAGCGAUAGAUAAGAGCCUGUAUUUUAAAAAAAUGACAGAUAUACUUGACGACAGGGAAACGUAUGAAGUGGUAAACAAAGACCCAUCCGGUAUACUAGAGAAAAAACUUAAUAAUUUACUAAAAAAUUGGGCGAAUAACAAAUACAUCUCUGAACUACAACACUUCCAAUUAAAAUCCAGCGACACCUCAUUACCCAAAGCCUACGGACUUCCUAAGAUCCAUAAAGAAAACUAUCCACUGCGGAUUAUCAUCUCUUCCAUCAAUUCUCCACUUCAUGAAUUCGCCUCCUUUAUAAACUCUAUCAUCUCGAAGAGCAUUCCACCCGCAAUCGGUCAUAUAAAUAACAGUUUUGAUCUAUAUAGAGCAUUGGCCGAGAAGACUCUUUUAGAUUCUGAAGUUUUUAUUUCCCUAGAUGUAGUCUCUCUUUUCACCAAUGUUCCUCUUGAUCUUGCCCUUGAAAGUAUAACUAAAAGAUGGAAUCUAAUUGAGAAAAAUACAAAGAUUCCAAAACACGAAUUUAUAACGGCCAUCAAACUCUUAUUACACUCCACAUACUUCACAUUCAACGGUAUUACUUAUAAACAAACAUUUGGUACACCCAUGGGAUCCCCUAUCUCUCCCUUGAUUGCUGACCUUGUAAUGCAGGACCUCGAAGAAUUCGUACUUAGAGAUAUCCAUACCUCCUUUUAUGUUCGUUACGUAGAUGACAUCCUGUUAUUAGUACACUCUGAUUCCAUUAACGACAUUCUUGAAAAGUUUAACUCAUAUCAUCAAAGACUACAAUUUACGUUAGAAAUUGAAAAUGAACGCACAAUUUCCUUUUUAGAUCUAAAAAUUUUAAUUCAAGACAAUAACUUGCUUAUAGAUUGGUACCACAAAAAGACGUUCUCAG